UUGUUAGCUAUGCCUCAAGGCAGCGGAAUAAAGUAUUUUAAAAUGUUAAAUUUCUGUAUUAUUUUUGAAGUUUGUGGUAAUGUUUGUGUUAUUCUGAGUUAAAAUGGAGGGACAGGGUUUACUUGGCGAUUUAAACAGUAAGAGUAAAGAGGAGCUGUGCGACAUACUGAACCGACAAGAAAAAAUACUACAAAAUAAGAGGUUUAUUCAAACUCUUCCAGAUAAGGGAAAGAAAAUCUUUGACUUCGUGGAGAAAGUUCGCCAUGCUCUGGCAAUUAAAGAAGAGGAUGAGAAGACACAGGCCAGUCUGGCGUCAGUUCGAGCUGAAUUUCAGAGCAGAUACCAGCAGGCUUUAACUCGGCGCCAGCACAUAGCCUCCAACAUCAAACAUGUUUCAGGAUCAACACGUAAAAAGGAUGCGGACUCGGUGGUCGAUGUGAACGCAGUGGGCUCGGGGUCUGUCGGUGUACAAAAUCCUGAAACAGAAGAGAGCUCAUGCAGCGAUGCAACAGCAUCAGGAAGUGCAGAUACGUCUAAAGACGAUGACCUGGUGAAAAGACUGGAACGAAUUACUCUUUCUAAAGAUACAUCUACUGAUGCUGUUAAAAACCUUCCAACUGAAAAUCCAUUCCAGGGCACUUUGCAUCACAAGAAGCCACAUUACAUCGAAGUGCUGAGCAAAUCUGAGGAAUGUGUGCAGAAACACAGAUUCAAGCCUAAUCAACUACCUAUGAAGUCGGCCUCUCCGUCUCCCGUUCAGUCUCCGGGCAGGGACUCUCCCCUCAGUGUCGAGGCUCGGCGACAGAGGGACAGGAAGCACCUUGAUGAUAUCACAGCUGCCAAACUACCUCCUUUACAUCACAAACCUGCACAGCUGCUUUCACUGGAGGAGUCAGUCACCCUCCAGCAGGAACAGACAAAGAAGUAUCAGGAGCUUCAAGCUAAACUGGCAGCCCAGAAGCUGACUGAAGGUCUUGCAAUUGGCAUGAGCAGCUACAGUCCUGAUGGGGGCGCACAGGCUGCGUACAGGGAGGUGCAUGAUGAUGGAGAGCUUUCGGAGGAGGACUGACCUGUUCUGCUGACCCUGUCUCAGAGACUCAUCUGCUCAUGCUUGAAAAUAAAAGUCUUCUUCUCAGGUAUCAGAACUGACCUGAGAAUCAGAAGGUCUAAUAGUGGUAAGGCUACACUAGAAUGAAACUGACUGUAUUCAUGAAGAUGAUCCAGUAAGAGCUGUAGGUGAAAAUGCAAAUCCACUUAAUACAUUUUCCUUCACAUGUAUCACACUAGUCAGGUUCAAAUUUAAAUAAAAUAAGCUGCAUAACAAUCUCUAAAGCUUUGAGAUUUACAAUAUUUUAAAGUAGGGCAGUUUUACAUUAAUUAUUAGAAUUAUUUAUAUUAGGCUGAUUUAUAAAAAUGUCAAAUCCUGUGGUGACAACCAACACCAAAACACCUUUAUUUUUUGUAUGUCUGGGUACCGCAUUGUGUCUUAAUGAAAGAACGUGGUGAGAGUUUCUACAAAUAUCAAAGGAAAGUAUUCUUUAGGUAAAAUACAAUUACAGACUGGCUGCAUACAAUUAUAUUUAAUGUAAUAUAUAACUUAUUAUCAUUGUGUGGUCAUGACACUUGAGAUUUUGUGGGUGGUAAAUUUAUGAUCCUGUUCAAAUAACUUCCAUAAAAUAAAUUUCAGUAUAUUAACUAAAGAUUUGUACUAUUUGUGAAUGCCCCAUAAAGCACUAGAACAGUUUUAAAACCUACCUGCUUGUGCUUUAAGGCACCUAAUUCAACCAACUAGAAGUCCCGCAUUUAAAGUUGUGGCGCAGCACUAAAACUUACAACGUGAGCUAUCGAUGUUGAAUCUCAGCUCUGCUAUCGGGCUGGCCAGGGGCCUACACGGAUGAGAUUGGCUAUGUCUGAGGGAGGGCAGGCCAAAAGGAUUCCUCAUUGCUGCUGGCUGGUUACACAAAGAUGGUGAAUAAUGGAGAUCAGUGUGUGACUGUCUGUAUGCGAUACUGAUCCCAGCAAGUGAAAAGAAGCGGUUGACUAUUGCACACAUGUCUGCAAGCAGACUUAAGGCCCUCCUUGGUCAGAAUAGGGGUCUGCAGCAGUAGAGGAGAUACAGCUGGGUAACUGGUUAUGACUAGAUUUGGAGAAAUAAAUUAAAAAAGCUAAGCAUAUCAUUCUUUAUGACUGACUAUUUAUUAGUGAACCACUAGUGAUUAAAAAGUAAAACUUGGCAAAUUUCUUUAUUCUAAGAUCUGUUUUGCAGCCAGCACUCUAAAUAAUGUUGAUGUUUUAAGCCUGUGGAUCAAAAACAGCUUUGAAACGUAAAUGUGGAACCACUUAAUGUCAUGACACAAGAGAGCAAAGAUGUUUUAAAUUAGAUUUUUUUUCUGGGUUUGUUUUGCUAACCCCUAAUGCCCACGUGAUUUCAUCAGUCCAGUGAGUCAGUCAUCUUUUAAUUUCAGUGAUGUUAUCAAUGCAGGAAUCUGUGCUCUGCCUUAAUAAUGUAUUAAUCAUCACCCCAAACUGUAUACUGCUGUACUACAGUUUCAACAGUAUUAAUAUAGUUUCACUCAAAUGAAUACAUUUCAUAUAGUAUGUACCAUGCUGCUUAUAUGUGGGUGAAAAUUUUAGGCUUUUCUGGUUUUUUUUUUUUUUUUUAUGUUUUCUUUUAAAACUACAUACGUGUCCACUGGUGUGACUGUGGUUAAUGGUGAAUGUAUGCAAUGUAAUGUCAUUGAUAUCUUUCUUUUUUUUUUUAAAUAAAUACGUGUCACUUUGUUA